AUGAUUGCUCUCAGAUUGUUUAAUUUGUUCUUCAUCACCUCAGCGCUGGAGGACGAGUGUGAAGAAGACAGAGGGAUGAAAACUUACGUUUCCCUGUACAAGCGCGGUGACCUUUUGCUGGUGUCAAGGACUCUUUUUAAACAUUUUGGAAUCUACUUAGGUGAAGGUCGCGUCGCUCAUUUUAUCCCAGACAUCCUACCAGUAUUCACUAACGAAAAGUCCAUGGUUGAGCAGAUGGUGACCAACAAAAGACUGAUUUUUGGAGUUUUGGCCAAGGCAGCCAGUGUUUGUGUAGACCCUUUGGCUGAUUUUGCAUAUGGUGCACAGAUUCAGGUCAAUAGUACAGAUAGUAUGGUCAGUGUACAGCCACUGAAUGGAGAGGAAGUGGCACAGAGGGCAGAGAAGCUGAUUGGAUCUUUCUCCUACAGCUUACUGUGGCACAACUGCGAACACUAUGUUAUGUAUUGCUGCUAUGGUGUUGCAUUUAGCUUCCAAACCUUCCAGUUCUGCAAAACUGUAAGGACAAUUCUCUUCAGCGGGAAGAUGGCCUUCCUGUCAGCUAUAAUUGGAGCCUUCAUCAUUUUAUAUCUAGGCGCUAUGACACCUCUCACCACCCUUCCCAUUGUCAUCAUUCCCUUUACAAUCUGGAUGGCAUCUUGA